AAAAGCUGCUCUUCAAUAAAGAGGACAGACGCUCCCCGAACACGUCUCUGCAGCUGCACAGUUUUCAGAGUUGAGAGAAGAAAUGUCAGGCGGAACGAUUCCUCUGUUGCUCGUUUGUCUGUGUCUGAUGUUUGGAUCGGUCCAGAACCAGGGUUCUUCUCAGGAUGCUUUCAUAAUCCAGUACCUGGAGAGGAGACUGGCUCAGAUGGAGGAGCGUCUGAGUCUCUGUGAGCAAAACACUCUGAGCCUCACGCAGAAAACCUUCGACCUGUCAUCUGAGGUGAGAGGCUGUCAGUCCACGCUCAGCAGCUUCAGAUCAGAAGUGAAGACCCAGAUGGACAGCGUGUCUGCGCGCGUCGACCGGGUGGAGGGAGAGCUGGAGUAUUUGGAAAAUAAAAUUCCCACUCAAUCUGACAUCGAGAUGGAGGAGGCGCUGCUGGAGCAGCAGAUAAAGGUUGCAGAACUGGAGCAGAUCAAGACGAAGGCCAAGCUCAACGUGGAGAACGACUGCAGCACAGCUCUGAGUCAAAUCAAGUCUCUGAAGAUUGUGAAGAAGGCAGGAGACCCCAACGGUUCCUGGUUUAAGGACCCAUCUGAAGGAUCAGCCAAGGUGUACCUGCUCAGCGGGUUUCGAAACAACACCGUUCUGGAGUUUUCAUCCCUGGAGAACUUCACAAAGACGUCUUCCCUUCCAGACAAGGUGAUGCAGCUGCCUUUUUCCUGGCGUGGAACCGGACACGUGGUUUACAACGGGUUCCUCUACUACCACAAGGCAGACACGCCCAACCAGAUACUGAAGGUAGAUCUGCUGAACGGCACCGUGGUGGACAGCACUCUGCUUCCAGGAGCAGGACGCCUUCCCGUCUACAGCCUGAAUCCAAACACCUACCUGGACAUGGCUGUUGAUGAGCUCGGCCUCUGGGUUAUUCAUGCCGACCUCGAGUACGAAGGAAACUUGGUCAUCACCAAACUGGAUAAAGGAACUUUGGGCAUUGAGUACACCUGGGAUACCCAGUGCAGAAGCCGUGAUGCUGAAGGAGCCUUCCUGAUGUGUGGGACCCUUUACGUGGUCUACAACACACGCUUCGGAGGACGCUCCACCAUCCAGUGUCUGUAUGACAUCCAUGACACCAUCCACAGCAACGAAAGUCCUGUGAUCUUCUUCCCGAAGCGUUACACCAGCCACAGCAGCAUCCACUAUCACCCCGGAGACAAACAGCUGUACGCCUGGGACGACGGAUACCAGACAGUUUAUAAAGUGGAGACACGCAGCAAUGACAAAACUGCUGCAGAAUAACAAACUGAUGCUAAAAGAUACAAAAAUAUACAAUUGAAUGAAUAAUUAAAAAAAUAAAAGUGUUUAAAGUACCCUAUGAAAUUUUACUUCAGUCAACCUUUGCUGGAAGUGGAUUGUCAGUUUCAGUGUCAACAAUGACAUAAUCUUUUAUUCAACGUAAAGGCUUUUGUAUUAGAACAAUAAAAAUGUUUCUACGUUUGUG